AUGCCUACUUCAAGAUUAUUGAGUGCUUUGGGAAAGUCUAAGAAGAACAAGAAGACUGAAAACGCAACAAAAACGAGUUCCGAGACGAACCCUGCUCUUCAACGUUCCGGCAAGCCCGAAUAUAUCAAAUACACCAUCAACCCUACUCUAGAAGGCCACAUCCAUAAUGAACCAUACAUUCACGAAGAUGUGCGUUUGAGGUAUGAUAAGACAGAGGACAAAAUAAUACUUGAAUAUACUUGCUCAAGAACCAUACAAAUGCAACAACACGAGUCUCCUGGCCAUGUCGUUGAUCCCGAGAAGCAGAAAUGCAGAAUGUGUGACCAACACCUGUUGAAAUCCGAUAAAGAUGAAAUCGAAGCGGGACGCGCGACAGCUAAGUUUGAAGAGAUCGCGGAUGAUGGUCGUCGCGUUGAUAGUUGGGAUGGGCGGGAUGGUUCUUCUGAGGCCCUUAUUCCACGUGGUACAAAGGACCGAUGA